CUCGUAUUCUCUCUCUGCUAUGGUUACUCCAAUCCAACAGAAAGCUCAAAAAACCAAACCCAGAUCAAACACUUGCUUUCUUCUUCAUUGCUUCGGGGCGUCCAAGAAAGUAGCAGAUUCCGAGAAAGUUGUCCAAUCUGACAGUAAUAAUAGCAAGAAAGAUAUUGGUUUGUUUCGUCGUCGGUCAAUCUUUUGCAUGGAAAUGCCUAAUAACAAAACAGUUCCUAUAGCUGAAGCUACAGAUCAUAAUCAGCCUAAUACCGACGUUCAUACACCAAAAUCCAAGAAGUCGAAAUGGGUUCUUUGUAAGCUCUUGAUCAAGAAACAUCAGAAUUCGAUCGUCAACAUCACGCCGUUUGAAGAAACUCCUGCAGUCCCGAAAGAAAUAGUUGAAGUGGUGAGGGCGGAGGAAUUCCAACAAAAUCGCACCAUUACUGAGGAUCAGAAAUCAUCUGAAGACAACUGUCAAAAGACAGUAUCAAAUCAGCGGAGAAGAGAGGAAAAAAGAACUGGGAUGUCGAGUCAACCCGGUUCUCCUCGAGUUUCUUUGCUGCAGGCUCCGAACCCACCAUCUAAUUCUCGGAUCAAACAGAAAAAGAUUCAUCAGAACAACAAUGUGACAGUCAAAAAAUCCGAACACUUGAUGGGUAUGUCAAUUAUUAUAGUGAUUCUGAUAAUAACUAUAGUUUGGGGGCGCUUAUGUGCGAUUAUGUGUACGUCUGCAUGGUUCUUCUUCGUCGCUCGUUACAAAAGUGAAAGUAAAACUAGUAGUGAUUCAGGUGAUCUUGAUUUGGAUUCUGAAGAGUAUAAGAAGAAAGUGGUUUUCGAGGGUUUUCUGGAAAGAGAUCACAGGGCUAUCCCAAACUGAUGAUCGUG